AUGUCCUUGUUCCGCCGGGGCUCGAGCGCGGCGCGCGACGACUCGGACGACGACGACGACGACGACGCGCUGCCGCGCCAGCGCUCGCGGUCGGCGGUCGAGGUGCCCGCGGGCGGCUGCAAGCUGCGGUUCGUGCCCGACCGGUGGCCGCCAACGAUCUCGUACCACGAGCCGUCGUCGGACGACGACGACGACGACGGCGACGGCGCGUGGAGCGCGCUCGACCCGAAGCCGAGCUUCGUCGGCCGCGAGGUCGAGUCGCUGUCCAUCACGCACGACGACGGCACGACCUACGACAUCUCGCGCGGCGACAUGCGGGGCAUGACGGGCGAGCAGCUCGCGCUGGUCCUCGCCGCGGACGACCACGCCGCGACGCGUCGCCUCGUCGUCGCCGAGGCCGAGGUGCACCGGCCGAGCCGGGCCAUGCGCCGCGUGAGCGAACGCCGCUCCGAGCUCCAGCCGACGCUGAGCCAGCUGCCCGACCUCCCCGGCAGCCCGCCGCCGGCGACGCGGCGGCGGUCGCCGAGCCUCGCGGCGGCCUACGCGUGCGUCGACCUCUCGUCCUACCUCACGAGCUACUUCUGCAGCCUCGACGGCUGCUCCCUCCUCUCGAAGCGCGACGACGGCGACUGCCCAGCGCUCCUCGACCCGCGCGCACCGCUGCACCCGCGCCAUAUGGGUUUCGUCGAAGGCGCCGCCGGCGCGGCGCUGCUCGCCGUCGCCCUGGGCUCCGAGGGCCUCGCCGUCCAGUACGGCUACCUCGCCGCGGACUUUGACGAGGCGCUCUUCGCGUCGGCGCCGGACAAGGCCACGUUCUGGGGCACGUUCACGGAGCCCUGCGUGCCCUACCUGCGCUACAUCUACUACGAGAUCGCGCGCGCGACGCUCGUGCACGCGGGCGCGUUCCUGCUGCUCGGCGGGCUCCGGGGCCUCUGGAAGCCGCUCGGCUCGGCCUGGAACCGGAGCACGCUGUCGCGCGGCAUCAUGAACGUCGCGUUCCUCAGCGCCUGCGGCUACCGCGGCGCCAUGAUGUGGAAGGGCUGGGCGGCGGACGCGGGCUGGUCGUCGGCCGGCGAGGCGCUGUCGGACGUCCACGCGGCGCUCUGGAACACGAAAGAGGGCCUCCACUUCAUCCCCCAGAGCGCCUUCGACCGGCUCUACGUCUACGACCGGUCCUUCCAGCGCCUGAGCGCGGUCAUGUUCGGCUUCCAGGCGAAGAACUUGGUCGACACCGUCGUCUUCAAGGACGGCAUCGUCUUCGUCGUGCACCACAUCGUGACGAUGACCGUGGCGCUCUUCGCGCUCCACCCCUAUUCACACCUCUACGGCUCCUUCUUCUUCGGCGUCAGCGAAAUCUCGACGACCAUCCUCGCGGUGCUCGCGCUGUUCGACGGCGAGUUCGGCGUGCCCGAGCUCGAGUCCGACUUCCCGAACCUGCGCCUCGUCAUCGGCACGUUGUUCGCGGCGAGCUUCGUCGUCGUGCGCUGCAUGCUCUGGCCCUACCUCACCUUCUUCUACUGCAAGGACGCCCUCGAGAUCCUCGAGGCCGGGGACGGCGUCCACUCGCCGCUCCUCGUCAAGGUCUUCAUGGGCGGGCUCAUCAUCCUCUCCAUCAUGCAGGUCAUCUGGCUCGGCGAGAUCUGCGCCAAGGUCUACGAGGAGGUCCUCGAGCCCCUCCUCGUCGCACUCGGCCUCAAGCGGGCCAAGGCGAAGACGGCCUAG